CGGGGAACCGCGGGCCCGGCACGGGCAGAGCCACCGUCGAACUCUGCGUACCGGCCCCGGAGCCCGCUGAGCCCAGAGCCGCUGCAACGCGCCCGCCUCCCGCUGGCAGACCCACGAGUCCCGCUACACCGAAAUCCAUUGCACGGACCGCACUACACAGAGAUCCACUGCACGGAUCCCCGGACCCCACCAGGCAGACUCCACCGCGCGGACCCCCGCAUGCCACUACGCCGACAUCCACUGCACGGACCCGACUACACAGAGAUCCACUGCACGGAUCCCCGGACCCCGCCGGGCGGGCGGACUCCACCGCGCGGACCCUCCAGCAGCCCCGCCUGCGAACCGCAUCGCCCCGAGCCCGGUGCGGCGGGCAUGGCACCCAGGGGGAGCCGGCCCUGGGGGUCUCUGCUGCCGCUGCUGCUGCUGCCGCUGCUGCCGGCUGCGGGCGGCGGGUGCGCGGCGGAGGGCGGCCCGCUGGAGCCCUUCGAUGCGCUAUACGCCAGCGGGGUGGAGUUGUACUACGGCGGGGACUUCGCGGGCGCGGCGCGGUGCCUGGAGCGGGCGCUGCGCAGCCGGCGGGAGCUGCGGGCGGCGCGGCUGCGGUGCCGGCGGUCGUGCCGCGGGCAGGUGCGGCUGGAGGCGCCGGGCCCGGGCGCCGGCGGGGACCUGCCCUUCUUCGGUUCGGUGCUGCGGCGGGCAGACUGCGUGCGGCGCUGCGAGGAGCCGCGGAUCGGGGCCGCCUCCCGACACCGCGCCGCCGAGGAGGUGCGCGCCGACUUCCAGCGCAGGGUGCCCUACAGCUACCUGCAGCGCGCCUACAUCCAGCUGAACAAGCUGGAGGAGGCAGCAAAUGCAGCUCACACCUUCUUCAUGGCAAACCCUGAGCACAUGGAGAUACAGCAGGACAUCGAGAACUACAAGACCAUGGCAGGGAAGGUCAGCUUGAUUGAUCGGGAGGCCAGGCAGCACAUGGAGGACUACACUGCUGGAGUGAGGCACUACGACAAGGAGGAGUACGAGCUGGCCAUUGAGUUUUUGGAGCGCGCGUUGAAAGGGUACUACGCCGAGGAUGAAGAUUGCCAGAUCAUGUGCGAGGGGCCACAGAGAUUUGAGGAACACGAGUACCUGGAUAAUAAGGCUGGUCUCUACGAAGCUAUUGCAGACCAUUACAUGCAAGUCCUGGCCUGCAAACAUGACUGUGUCCGAGAACUCGCCACGCGUUCAGGCCGUAUCUCACCUAUUGAAAAUUUCCUUCCCCUCCAUUACGACUACUUGCAGUUUGCCUAUUACAGAGUUGGUGACUAUGUAAAAGCCCUGGAGUGUGCCAAAUCCUACCUCCUCUUCCACCCUGACGAUGAAGACGUCUUGGAGAAUGCAGGUUAUUAUGAGGGUCUGUUGGAGGGUGCAAUGGAUCCAAACACCAUCAAACCCAGAAAGGAAGCAAAAACACUCCUGCAGCGCCAUAAGCUGGAGUCCCACCUCUUGCAGGUGGCUGCGGCCGGCCUUGGAUACACCUACACAGAGCCGAACUACUGGAACAGGUAUGGAGCCCGCCAGGACGAGCACAGUGUCCCGUCAAGCAUCAGCAGUGAACCAGAGGAUGGGCCCCGGCUGUCCCUGGCAAAGAAACCCAUGCCAAAGCCAGAUCGAGAGUUGAAGGAGGGGGGCCCACUUCUCUACAGCGAUGUGAAGUUUGUCUACAACUCAGAGCAGCUGAAUGGCACCCAGCGAGUGCUUCUGGACAAUGUCAUCUCGGAGGAGCAGUGCCGAGAGCUGCACAGGGUGGCCAGUGGCAUCAUGUUGGCUGGAGAUGGUUACAGGGGCAAAACCUCCCCCCACACCCCAAAUGAGAGAUUUGAAGGAGCCACUGUCCUCAAAGCCCUCAAGUAUGGCUACGAGGGCCGUGUCCCACUGAAGAGUGCCCGGCUCUUCUACGACAUCAGCGAGAAGGCUCGCAGGAUCGUCGAGUCCUACUUCAUGCUGAACUCCACGCUCUACUUCUCCUACACACACCUGGUGUGCCGCACUGCCCUCUCCGGCCAGCAGGAGAGAAGGAAUGACCUGAGCCACCCCAUCCAUGCUGACAACUGCCUUUUGGACCCUGAAGCCAACGAGUGCUGGAAGGAGCCUCCUGCCUACACCUUUAGGGAUUACAGUGCCCUCUUGUACAUGAACGCGGAUUUUGAAGGCGGCGAGUUCAUUUUCACCGAGAUGGAUGCCAAAACUGUGACGGCCUCCAUCAAGCCCAAGUGCGGGCGAAUGAUCAGCUUCUCGUCGGGCGGCGAGAACCCCCACGGGGUGAAGGCAGUCACCAAAGGCCAGCGGUGCGCUGUGGCUCUCUGGUUCACCUUGGACCCUCUCUACAGAGAGCUGGAGCGAAUCCAGGCAGAUGAAGUGAUCGCGAUGUUGGACCAGGAGCAUCUAGGACCCAGUGAAAUGAACAUAAACCCAAAGGAUGAGCUAUGAACUAGGCCAAAGACUUUUUCUAUUAAUAUUUAUUUAAUAUUGUUAAUCUUAUUAGAACCCUUCUAUUUUUGUACAGAGACACUGUAUAAAUUAACAGGUUAAUAUGAUUGUGGAGUUUCAGGAGUGCCUCUUCUGUGUUUAGCACAGCAUUUGCUGGGACCCUCCUCCCUGUGUCAGCACCUCCUGGUGGGUCUGACUCUGCUUCCAGCCUUUCCUGUUCUUUUCUAGCACUUCUCAGGACUCAUUCAGGCCUGCUGUACUCCCUUGGAGGACCUAUUCUUUUUCUCCCUCAACCAAAAAUAGCUGCUUCUCUUUAGCAUCUGCUAGAGAAAUGUCUCAGGUGUGCUAAUGAACCAGUCUUCCGGCUCCUGCUAAGUGCUGGCUGAAGACUAGACUAGAUCUACUAGGCAAGUAACUGCUGCUAAACCAGUAAAUCAUCCCUCUCCAACCAUUAAAUUUACUCCUGUGUGUGGGAUCAGAGCAUCCUCUAUCUCAGAGCAAGCAUUGAGUCACAGAAUUGCUCAUGUCCAAGACAAAGGGACAGCUUUUAUUUUGAUCCAACAGCUGCUUCUGGUGCUACUUCCUAAAAGGAAGGUUGCAGCAGUCUUUACUGCUGAAUUUACUGCAUUGUCUCCAGAAAACACUGCAGGGAUCUUUGCUGAAGUUCUCGUCCUUGAGCAGCUUUGCUCAGCUCCCUGCUGCAUUGGCACUUUCUCAGUCCUUUUCUGCUUCCCUCUGCCAGCUUUGGCAUUCCUAGGACUUAUAAUCUGCAAAAGAGAAUUGUCUUUUCUCUUUGCUUCUGUAGCUUGUGCCUAUCCAAACCUUCCGGGCUCAGAAGCACCCGCUUCCCAUCCAGUCACAGGCGACAAGGUUGUAGACAAGGAUGGUCCUUCUUGAUACCUCUUUAAAAGCUGGUCCUGGGCAAGACAGAGGGGAACUCAGUGCAUCUGGAAAAACAAAUGCCCAGACUAUGAAGAGGGCACAAUUACCACCAUUACCACCAUCGAGCAAAUGCUCGAAGAGUCAUUUGCUGCACCUCCUCCAAUGCUGAAUCUGCACAGGACAAAGCUCUGGGUGUUUCUGAGUCACCAGCAUCGUUUGUUUCUUUGAGGUUAUCUCCCUUCAUUGUAGACUGUUGAAAAGAUUCAUCAUGUUGGCUCCUCAAAGAACUGCCCACAGAUCUCUGCCUUCAGAAACCCUUCCCUUCUAAAGAGCCUCUUCUGUAAAUGCUUAACCCCCGGCCCCUUUUCAAAAUAGCCAGAGGAAAAGCUGGGGGGAGGAAGGGAAGGGCAACUCUCAGUUUGGAGAGCUGACACCCAUUUCUGCAUUCUUCUGAUUGUCUGCUCAUCUGCAUUAUGCUGUUGCAUCCAAGGCUUGACUCCUACAUGGUGCACCUUCUGUGUAGGUCUGUGCUGACUUCCUCCAACAACCACAUCUACCCAAGUGCAUCCUGCAGAGCUGCUCCCUCAGUGCAGCCCCAGACCUGCCAGGGUUUCAGGGAUCCCACCAGUUGGUCCUCCUAUGAGGAGCUGGGGGGCUGGCACCAGUCGUGGUUGGUUUGGUGCCAUGGUGGUUAGCCAGAGCUGUGUCUAAAUCCAGAGGAAAUAAACUGAAUACAUCUGG